GCAGAUCAUGUCAGCUUUCUUGGAAUCAUGGCUAGUUGGUCCACAGCAUACACAAUUCUAUACUCGCACGUACCGGCCAGCUUCCUCCGCAAAAGCUGUUGUAAUUUUUGUGCACGGUUUCAUUGAGCACAUUGCUCGGUACGAGCAUGUAUUCCCUACUUGGUCCGCGCGCGACAUAGCUGUCUUCGCCUAUGACCAGCGCGGCUUUGGAAGGACGGCCUUAGACAUGGAGGAGAAGAGCAAGGAUAGUUCGUAUGCGAAGACGAGCUGGAAGGAACAAUUUCAAGACAUCGAGUGGGCUAUAAACCAUGCCAAGAGCGAGUUCGGCUCCAUUCCCGUGUUUCUGUAUGGGCAUUCAAUGGGUGGAGCAUUGGUACUUGCAUUUUGCACCAGGGCAAGUAGUCCCCCUGCAAGGGAAACAGUAACAGGCCUGGCGGGCGUGAUUUCUACUAGCCCCCUCAUCCUUCAAGCGAAGCCAGCUGCUAAAGCAGCAAGAUGGAUAGGUGGCAAGGCCAGCCUGGUAGCUCCAUGGCUCACUAUUCCAUCUGACGUCAAGGGUCAGAAUUUGUCGCAUGACAAGACUGUCGGUGAGGAAUAUGCGAAGGAUCCUUUGGUUAAGCAAGUUGGGUCGCUUCGCGGAGUAAGCGACAUGUUAGACGGGGGCGAGCAUCUCUUGCACACUGAUUACGCUCGUUGGCCUACAGACCUCCCUGUCCUCUUCAUACAUGGUUCGGAUGACAAGGUAACUUCUGCCAAAGCUUCUGAGCUGUUUCAUCAACGGGUACCCGCAAAAGAUAAGAAAAUAUCCAUUUACCAAGGUGGCUAUCACGAACUUCACAAUGAACCAGACGGUGUGAAGGAGAAACUCACCGAGGAGUGUAUUACCUGGGUGGAGGCACACCUGUAUUCUCACAUUUCAUCCAGACUCUAAGGAUAUUACACAGCUUUUACUGCUUACUAUUUCGUC